CAUUGACCGACCAACCUCUGACAGAUCUGCCCCCCAGACUUUGUCAGUUUGUCCAGUCUGUACCCGACGCAGACUCGCUGGCAACAUUUCGCACUUUCUGCUACCACUUGAAGUCGUACUGAAGUUCAAGUUCUGAUGCACAGGACGCUAUCUACAGUCGCGCGUGGAACAGCGUUCGAGCAAAGGUCGCUCCAAUUGCUUCAAGAAAGUUUCUCGAUGUCACUCAAACGCGUUGGUGGCAAGUCUGACGGCGGCGUCGACUUGCUUGGCUGGUGGUGGCUACCCCUCUCCGAACCACAGUCUUCUCAAUCCACCGCAAUCACCCUUCCCCGUAGACGCAUCCGCGUGCUCGCACAAUGCAAAGCGGAAAAGAAGAAAUUCUCGCCAAACUAUGUUCGCGAGAUGGAAGGUGUAUGGCAUACGCAUACUACCACUCAGGCCCCCUCCUCCACACCCGUGUCUGAACUGGGUACAGUGGCAUUGCUCCUCUCAGAGUCAAAAUUCACCACUGCGACCCUCACCCGUGCACUCGGUUCCAGCGUCCCUUUUCUCCUCAUGCACCUCCCUCCUCUACCGGUGUCCUCAGAUCCACGCGUUGAAACCACCCUCGGAGAAGUCGGCUCCGCUUUCUGGAACCCCGCUCUAGGUGGUGCGCAAGGUCUUCUUCGCGGGGACCUUGAUGUUCGCUGGGAACGUGACCCGGGAGGGGGUGGGCGGCCUGGGUUAUGGUGUCGUGACGAGAGGCUCCAGAACUGGACACCGGAUACGCACGGGGAGUGUCUUAAUGCGCUCGAGGACAUCGAUCGAUAACUAGGAUAGUGAUCAAUCGAUGGAUGAUUUGACUUGGGCAUUGAAUGUCGCUACAACUGUAUGUAUGCUCUACUUUGGUCACACUUUGCAGAGGCGCCGACUGGGCGCGUGACUGCGUUUGCAUGUUCAUUACAUUACAUUCGAAAUACACUAUCACUGGUGGUCCAGGUGUCUCGAUAUCUGUCGAACCUGGGCUCAAGCAUAUUCCAUAUCUUAGCGCUCAC